AUGUUCAGUUCAUUGUCAAAAUUGCAAAGACGGGCCAGUGGCAAAAUGCAGAAAAAAUUGCAGAAGCUAUUUCACGCUACGGAUUUUGAAUCAUUGAUGUAUCCUUCCUUCACAUGUUGCUACAUGCUUGGAAUGUUUCCGUAUAAAAUUAAUGCAUUGGUCUUCGAGAUUUCCACACCUCGUUAUAUUCUUUCAACCAUCGUUAUCUGUAUUUGCAUCAUUUUUUUAUUGUACUCUCUAUAUAUUUUCUAUAUAUUUGAUUCGUUUGGAAGUGGAUAUCAAAUACCCCAAAUACUCAACUAUAGUUGCUUCUACAUAUUCAGUGGUUUUAUAGCGAUUGUCACGUACAUUUUGAGCGGACCGCGAAUGCGUUUACUUCAAACCGUAAAAGACAUUUCAUCAAAAUUGCCUUCGGAAUUAUACCAGAAGCUAUCUAAAUUAAUUCACGCUAAGGAUCUCUUAGGAUCCUUGUUCCUACUUCUUGAAAUGCUGAUAUAUUACAAGAUGAAUAUGCAUUUUAUAAUCAAAAUUUACAUAAUAUAUAUUACUCUAUUGAUAUUUUAUAUGGAUAUGUUGUAUAUGAAUUGUGUUUGUAUACUAAAGGCUUGUUUCAAGAGAAUCAAUGAUAAUUUGGAAAAUAUGCGGGAGUAUAUGAUGGUAUAUCGUCUCGACAAAAUAUGUUGCAAACAAAGAAAUCCAUUAUUGCUGAUCGAAUUAAGGGCAUUGAAAAAACAACACCUGAUGAUUAGUAAUACAGUGCAAAUGCUGAACAUAAUUUUCAGUUUACAGCUCCUCGCUACUGUAAUUAUAACUUUUACCCGGAUAACUUUCAUUCUCUACUAUCAAAUAUUGUAUUGGCAAAUAGGCAUAAUCCUGUUUAAUGUAGAAGAAUAUCUUUAUAAUACGUUCUUGAUAAUGAUUUUAAUGCAUUAUUUUAUAAAAAUAAUGUUGAUAAUAUGGGCUUGUGAGACAGGCAAGAAUCAAGCUCUGCAGAUUGGCACCACUGUUCAUGAUGUGCUUAACAGUAUUGACGAUAAUGAAAUAAAAAACGAGUUGCAGUUGUUUUCCUUGCAAAUUCUUCAUCGCGAUAAUACAUUCUCUGCAAAGAGUCUUAUUAUGGACGCGACGCUUCUCACUGCGAUAGUGGGUAACGUCAGCACGUAUUUAUUAAUUUUAAUGCAAUUUUUUAAAAUGAAAUAUUAUUGCGAUAAUGAAAUUGCCAGAAAUGUUACACAAAUAAUUCACUGA